AUGAUGUUCAGCAAUGUACGUCUCGGUUCACGCUCUAUAUACGUGAAAAAUCGCAUAUCUGCGGUAUCACUUAUAAAUGGUGUAAGGAACCAGAGUUCUGUCAACUUCCAAAAUAAUCAGAUGUUACAAAAGCAGAACUUGAAGCAAUCGAAGCUCAAGAGUAAACGAUCAAAACGUAAGGAGGACGGCGAUCUUGUGGAUUCGAUGAAGCUUGAAGGUAAGCAAGAAAGUUCGGCAUCUGCCUCUUCUUCUCCUUCUGCGGAAUUAGGUAAGGAUUCAGAGGAGAAGAUCAUAAAAAUGGCCACGAAGAAGUUAUCUAGAGAUUAUUCAUGGUUACCAAGAGUACCAACCACCGAACAUAUAUUAAGAGAAGAGUUCAACUCGGAUAUGUUAUAUUCUGGUUAUAGACCCAUCGUUGUUGGGGAUAAGAACGCAAAGGAGAACAAAUUGAUGCAGUUUGCCAUGAAAUUAGAAAAGCUUAGUGAACCUGUACCCUGGGUAUCAAGUGCCACGGGACAAGAAUUUUUCAGCGAAUGGGAUAAUGUACCAUCAGAGAUUAUCAAAGAUUUGAAACCGUUCCAUCCACCAAGUAUUGAAGAAACAAACAAUGCAAAAAAUAAAGAAGCCAAGGAAAAGUUACAAAAGCAAAUAUUACUGAAUGAACAAGACAAAUUAAUAAAUCGUAAGCGAGGAAGAAAGAAGCCCAUAAUCAGGUUAUUGGAUCUGAAACGCAAAUUCGAGAAAGAAUGA